CUGCAGGCUCAAAUUCAAUGUGGAGAUAGCAGACCAAAUUGGAUUCAUCCCUGCCACUGCAUUUGCAGAAAAAGCAGAACAUCUUUACGACAUCACUGCAACAGAAAUGGUCAAUAAUACAACCGAUUGGUGGAUUUUAAAGUAAAACAUGUUACCAUGGGGGGUAAAAAGUUGAAGCUUGCAAUUUGGGACAUAGCUGGACAGGAACGAUUCAGGACAUUAACCAGUUCAUAUUAUAGAGGAGCUCAAGGAAUAAUAAUGGUUUUGCAGGAUACUAUUCUGAAUACAAGGAACUAUUAGAUUUCGGAUGUUAUUAUUUUUCAGCAGAAGUUAUGUUUGAAAACUUGUGAACAUCUCUUUAGGGUUUUGUAGAAAAUGCUUGUCAACUAUAAAGUUUUGGAAAAGCUUUAUUAUUCUAGAAACAUCAACCAAACAGAAAAAGCGGUGUUUUCUUUGAUGACCAAUAGUGUAGCUUUCAAUUGGCAUAAAUCUCCUCAUGGCACUCGUGUAAGUAAGUGAAAAGCACAAUACAGCGACAUGGAUGCUGGAAGUGAGCUCAGUUGCAGCAGAAGUCCAUCUUGGAAUGGAUUUCGCUGAUCACUACAAAUCGUCUGCCUUGUAUCAUCCUACCAAUAACAGGCAUGAGACAUCUCGUGCUAGCACGAGCCGGUCGCCUAGUAUCUUGCUAAAGAAGAGAAGAGGGUUCUUGGAGUUUGAGAAAUUGCUCGACGGCAGUUGUGUGUGUGUGUGUGAGAGAGAGAGAGAGAGAGAGAGAGAGAGAGAGUGAGCCACCGGCAAAAAAUUGAAGUUAAAGUUGAGAUAAGAUAUUCAGUUAUUUUUAGUUGGUGUUUGGGAAAACAUUCGAGACGCGAACAUCAAUGGUUGCCACCAGCUACUCCACACUUCUCACUCUAACAACCCCAACCCAAUCCGAACUCAACACCAAACAACCUUGUAAAAACAUGAAAGAAGUCAAGCAAUUGCAAGCUCAGAUUACAAAGAAAGGCCUCAGUCACAGGCCUAUGAGUUAUUCGAAGCUAAUAUCUUCGUGUGCCGAUAUAGCAACCCCCGAAAGCUUGGAAUACGCGAAAAAGGCCUAUGAGUUAUUUGAACGCGAUGGAAGGAGUAGAGUUUCCCUUUACAUGCUCAAUUCUUUGAUCAGAGGGUACUGUGCUGCUGGAUUUGUUGACGAAGCUAUCUUGACUUAUGCACAAAUAGUUGGAGAAGGUGUAACACCAGAUCGGUAUACCUUUCGAUUCGUCCUAAGUGGCUGCGCCAAGGCAGAUUUGUUUCUUGAGGGCAUUCAGCUUCAUGGGUCAGUUUUGAAGUUGGGUUUGGAGGAAGAUUUGUGCAUACAGAACUGCCUGAUUCAUAUUUACGCAGUGUGUGGGGAGAUUGAUUUUGCGAAGAAGUUGUUCAAUGAAAUGUCUGAGAGAGAUGUCGUGUCAUGGACUUGUUUGAUUUGUGGUUGCGCUCGGAAGGACAGGCCUAAAGAGGCUGUUUCUUUGUUUUUUGAGAUGGUUGACGCAGGUAUUAAGCCCAAUUCAGUUACCUUGGUAGGUGCAAUAUCAGCCUGCGCGAAAUUGAGGGACUUGGAUUUGGGUGAGAAGGUAAGUUCUUAUAUAAGCAAGACAGGGCUCACGGUCAAUACUUUUUUGGCGAAUGCCCUUGUUGAUAUGUAUAUGAAAUGUGGAGCCACAGAUAGAGCAAAACAGCUUUUCGGUGAAUGUGUUGAUAAAAACUUGGAAUCGUACAAUGCUUUACUAUCGAACUACGUGCGUCAGGGGAUGGAAAGAGAAGCUCUUGCUACAUUGGUUGAAAUGCUUCAACGAGGUCAACAACCAGAUAGGGUUACAAUGAUAUCUGUAGCCAAAGCGAUUUCACAGUUAGGUGAUUUUGCCUUUGGACGGCAGUUCCAUGGUUAUGUUAUGAGGAAUGGACUAGAUGAUUGGCACACUGUUGGUAAUGCCAUUAUCGACAUGUAUUCUAGUUGUGGGAAACAAGAAUUGGCUUGCAGAGUUUUUGAUCGGAUGUCAACCAAAUCGGUGGUCUCAUGGAACUGCUUGAUCACAGGUUUUGCUAAAAAUGGCGAUGUGGAUUCGGCUUUGAAAUUAUUCAAUGAGAUGCUAGAGACUGAUGUUGUGACGUGGAACACCAUGAUUGGUGCUUUGGUGCGAGGCAGCUUGUUUGAUGACGCAAUAGAACUUUUCAAAGUAAUGCAGAAUGAAGGAGUGAAAGCAAACAAGGUGACAAUGAUGAGUAUUGCUUCUGCCUGUGGGUACUUAGGAGAUCUUGACCUUGCAAAGUGGAUCUACCAUUGCGUUGAAAAUCAGGGGAUUCAUCGCGACUUGAAGCUUAACAGAGCCCUUGCUGACAUGUUCUGUAGGUGUGGCGACACUGAAAACGCAAUGCAGAUGUUUGACAAAGUAAAGAACAUAGACGUUUCAUCUUGGACCCGAGUAAUAGAGAUUUUGAAUGAGAUUCCCAAGCGCCAAUCGUCUAGUGACCAAGAGGAUAAGAGCAUCCGCAAUGUAAUAAUCAAAAGUGAAUAAUCAAAAUUUGCCACGUCAGUUUUUGAUUUUUCAUUUAAAGGAUUGUUAAAGUUAGCAAUGUAAAAUCCCACAUUGUUACUUUUGAUUAUUCAAAUGCACAAAUUUGAUUAUUGGUUAG